AGUCCUAUAAAAUACGGUGGUUGCGCUGAAAUUUUCACACUUCCCUCCAUGCGGCCAAUCCAGUGUGCUGUCUUUUUGUGUCUUGCCUUGGCAGUGGCAUGUCAAGAAAGAUCUUUGUUACGUCAUCCGGAUUAUAUUCAGGACCAGAUCUACAGAUUCCUAGACAGGCUGUUGGGAGCAAUUCAAUCAAGAGAUGCAUCUGCUAUUGAACUUUUAAUGGAACAUGAUGAGAGGCAGUUAUACUUUUACGAGAGAUGUGUUUAUAACCGAUGGACAUUGAAAGGACUCUCAAAGGAAGAAAUAAUUGAUGUGCUCGUCAAGAUACCAGCAGGCACGACUGUUGGCUUUGAAGUUAAAUCCAUAAAACACGAGUAUUCAACCAGAUGGUGGAUCUAUUGCUUGGUUGAUUUAAGUGUGACCGGAUUCCAACGUGACCCUGAUGUUACUUUCGAAAUAAGGUUCAACACUUUUGGGACUAGCGUGCAACUAGUUCAUGCAAAAGAAUUGAACUGUUCUCAAAGAAGAGCACUCUCCUCGUUCAGUCAGCCUGAUCGGAAAGAGGACGUCAAAAAAUUCCUGAACCAACUAUUGAAAGCAAUUCAAUUAAGGCAUGCUGGGAAGAUUCUAAGAGCGGUUCUUCACACGAAUCGCUACAGAUCGUGUGAACGGAUUUUUUCACGGGAGGAAGUGAUUGAUGCGAUCGUCAAGACACCAGCAGACAGGAUUGUUAACUUUGUAGUCACAUCUACUACAGAUAAAGGAGUUGAUCAAUGGGUCAACAUUACUGUCACCGGACUGACCUCUAAGCCUGUCGAUAUUACAUUGGAGUUUGUUGUAUUUAAAGCUGGGGAUGACCCGAUGCUUAUCCACGCAACACAGAUCAACUGUCCAAAAAGAGGUCUCAUGUCAUUCCGCCAUUCGGCUUGGGAUAAGGAAGCAACCGAUGAUUUCGUGAACAGGAUGUUAAAAGCAAUUCGAUCAAGGGCUAGAGCUCCAGUAGACAGACUUUUGAGCUACAAAUUUUCAUACAAAGGAUGCGGAAGGAUGGUUUCUAAAGAAGAAGUUAUCGAACAUAUCAUUAACUUGCCGUUAAGAAAAAAUGUUGAAUUGGAUGUCAAGUCUAUUUCCGAUUCGCCAAGUUUUUAUUUGAUCAGAAUGAGAAUUACCGGACUUCUCUCGAAACCUUUUGAAAUUAGCUUCAAGGUUGAAAAGGAAGGAAUUGAUUUGCUGAUCUCUGAUGUAGAACAACUUGGAUGUUCUUAUGAAGGUUACACGACCCCGCAGGCUCUCUUUUUGGAAUGAUAUUAUGGACAAUACAUCUUUUUUCGAAUCUGGUUUUCUUGUAUUUUUCGGGAAAAAUGACAAGAUUUUAUAUUUGAUGAAAA